AUGUCUUCCCAAAGUCAAACCGAGGCCCCGCAACCUCGGCGCCGGGACGGCUCGAGGCUCGGCCGCAGUCUCGACUGGACGCCACCGUGGUUGAGGUGGGACGAGACGGCGAACCACGAUCUGACAUGGACGCGCAACCUUAUUUUUGGCUGUGCUGCUGCUUUUAGUGUGGCCAAUCUCUACUACAGUCAUCCUAUUCUCAAUGUCUUGGCAGAUGACUUUCAGGUCAGCGACGAGCGCGCGUCGCUGGUGCCGACCAUAAUGCAGGCCGGCUACGCUGGAGGUCUGCUGUUUGUUAUUCCCAUUGGUGAUAUCGUCCGUCGACGGCCUCUUAUUCUUGGCCUCAUCUUUUGCACAACUUUUAUCUGGUUGGGAUUGACUCUAACGCGAUCAUUCUCCGUUUUCCUGGGCUUGUCCUUCAUCGUUGGCGUAUUGACGGUAACGCCACAGCUCAUGUUCCCGUUGGUCGUCCAAUAUGCGCCCCAAAGGCACCGGGCGACCAUGAUUUCCAUCGUCAUGUCGGGUCUGUUCUUUGGCAUCCUGAUUGCGCGUCUGCUCGCCGGUAUCAUUACGCAGUACAGCUCGUGGCGGAGCGUCUAUUGGAUGUCGUUUGGCCUGCAGAUCGCCAUCUACGUCCUCCUCUUCCUGUACAUGCCCGACUACCCGGUGCUCCGACCCGGCGGCUCGUACCCCCAGGCCCUGCUCACUAUUAUCAAGAUGCCGUUCAAGCAUCCCGUCUUGACGCAGUGUGGCUUCAUUGCCUUUUGCACCAUGGGCAUGUUCACCUCGUUCUGGACCACGUUGACCUUUCAGUUGGCGGGAGACCCGUUCAACUUGUCGACCUUGGCCAUUGGCCUUUUCGCCCUUGUCGGCAUCUCGCCCGUGUGCCUCAAUCCCGUCGUGUCCAAACUCUUGACCUCGCGCAUCCAUCCGAGCGGAACUCAGAUCAUUGCUAUUCUCGUCACUCUUACCGCAGUGUUGAUCGGCACCUUUGUCGGGACCUUUUCGCUCGCCGGCCCGGUGAUCUGGGCUUUCCUGGGCGACCUGGGCAUGAACACCAUUGUCGUGGCGAACCGAAUGGCCUUCGCCAAUGUCGACCCCACGGCGCAAAACGCCGUAAACUCGGUCUACAUGGUAAUGACUUUUUGCGGCCAACUCUUUGGAACUGCCGUCGGCAAUAAUCUGUACGCCGAUGGAGGUUGGAUACGUAGUGGUGCCUUGAGCAUUGGCUUGAUGGGUGCGGCCCUGCUUUUAGUAUUGCUGCGCGGACCCCACGAGACGGGCUGGAUUGGCUGGGGUGGAGGAUGGGAUCUCAGAAACAAGUCGGUCACUGAGAAGACCCCGUCGCAGCCUACCCAAGAUGUCGAGUCCAGUGGACAUCCUGCAACGAAAGAGCCAGAGCAGACAGAGAAAUCAUCGACUGCCCAUCCAAGCUCGACCGACGAUGACAUGAACAAUGCAUCGCCUGAGAUAAAGGCUUAG